AUGAUCCGGGAGGCGGUGAACGGUCUACAGAGCAUAUCAUCGACUGAUGAAACCCGCCGCCUCCAGGCCGACAACAAACGGCUGCGGGACGAGGUGGCGACGCUCCAAAAGGAGGUUGCUAGCAUGCGUCUCAGUAUAGAGAAGGCGCCUCGCCCAGCCCAGGAACGGACGCCGGCACCAACACUGCAGGCUGAGCAUAUCGCGCGUGAUGUACUAUCCCAAGUAGGGACGAUGAUCAGCGCGCGAUUCGAGGCUCUCGAGGAGCGCUUGCUCCCGGAGAAGCGCCUGAGGCCGCCUUUGGCUGCGGAUAGGCGUAGCGCCGAACCUGGGCCUUCAUCGGCACCAGAUCCCACCCCUACCUCUCUGGGAGAGACAUGGAGUGCAGUGGUACGGAAGGGAAAGGGGAAGGGAAAGAAGACAGCGCCCGCGCUUGACGUGCAGAUGUCGGCUUCCAUCUCCGCCAAGCCAAAGAAGUCUGUGGCUAAGCCCUUCGCGACGCCUAAGCCACCUACGGCCGCCGUGAAAUCUAUUACGGUGCCGAGGCCCCCAUUGGUCGCAACGGGAUCCGCUGCGGUGCCCAAGUCCGGCCUGAAAAUAAGGCAGGCGGCCACGGGAGCUCGAGUUCUCGAGCUUCCAGUAGGGGUCACGAGCGAAGCAGCGGACAGUUUCGCCGCGAAGCUCCGUGAGGUCCUAGCCGGAGAAGCACGGAUCGCCAGGCCGGUGAAGUGCGCGGAUUUGCGUCUUACUGGCCUGGAUGAUUCCGUCACCAGGGAUGAGAAUGCCAGUCUCUUUUUGGAGACCUCCAAUAGCCAGGUAUGGCUCAACCCAACAAAGUAUUGCGUCGACAUGAUGACUAAUCUAUCGGAGAACGACACUCGAUUGGUGGCCGUUGUCUGUUACCCGGAUAAAGACUCCAAUGAUGACAGCCCAGUUCUGUACGUUACUUAUGCCGUUGGUCUGAUGCUGUCAAUUCCGUUCCUAAUCGCGACCUUCAUUGUUUACGCCUUCAUACCGGAGUUGCGGAACCUGCACGGUAUGUGCCUGAUGGCGUAUUGUGCAGGCCUGAUCGUCGCCUACGCGUUUCUAGCCUAUCUGAAGCUGCAUACUGGAAAAAUUGGAGUAGACAUGACGGGCUGCUACGCGAUCGCUUUCAUCGUUUACUACGCUUUCCAAACGAGCUUCUUCUGGCUUAACGUAAUGUGUUUUGACAUAUGGAGGACGUUCAGCAGCUACCGUGGCAGCAGUAAUAAGCGUCGGGACAAAAAACGCUUCGGCUUGUACGGGAUGUACGCCUGGGGUGUGCCCGUAGUCCUGACGUCUGCCACCAUUGCCAUGCACUUCGCUGACCUCCCCGACGGCAUCAUCACGCCGGGCUUCGCCAACAAGAGAUGCUGGUUUGACAAUUGGCUGAGCGAGCUCGUAUACUUCCUCACGCCGGUCUUGGUGCUUGUUGUUUGCAACGUGGUGCUGUUUUCGGUGACUGCCCAUCGAAUACGAUCUAUCAAGCAGGAGACCGCCAUUUUGAAGGGUUCUGAAUCGGCUAGGAGCGACAAACUUAUGAGAGACAAACAGAGAUAUGGCCUCUAUCUCAAGCUUUUCAUUGUUAUGGGCGUGAACUGGACAGUUGAGAUUAUAAGCUUCUCCGUUGGUGGUUCGAACUGGUACUGGAUUUUAAUAGACAUUUCCAACAUCGCCCUUGGCGUCUUCAUAUUCCUUAUUUUCGUGUGGAAGAAGAAAGUCCGUAAUUUGAUUGCUAAGAAAUGGCGCAGUGUUCGCGGCGUGCCGGCGUCCGACAGCGCCGCCCAGUGGGCGACACGCUCAAGCUCCGCUCCGACCGAAGACACGCGCGUGUCUAACGAUGAGACCGCACUUCGUUUGAAGGAACUACGC